AUGGACUCGAUUGUCUCUAACAGUAGCGAGUAUGAUCAAUCCAUUGACUGGGUACCAUUAUCUCUGACGUUUGUUGAAUAUCCAAAAGGGAAUAUAUUUGGAAAAUUAUUGGCACUGUUUAGUUUGACACCUUUUGUGAUUCUGUCUGGUUUUAUUUCUUUAAUUCUAUUUCGUCGAGAUUUACAUACAAUAACUUUUUUCUUUGGUGUGUUACUCAAUGAGAUAUGCAAUACAGUUCUUAAACAUAUAUUACGUGAACCUAGACCCUUAGCUAGAAAUACAAAUUUGUUGUACUCUGAAUAUGGCAUGCCUUCAUCUCAUUCUCAAUUUAUGUGGUUUUUUGCAUCAUACAUGUUAUACUUCACAUUUAUAAGGUUACAGUAUGCUAACAGCAAGGCAUUUAAAGAGUUUUUCUGGAAAGUUGCUGGAGCUGUAUCAUGCAUUGCUAUUGCCUGUAUAGUUUCUUAUAGCAGAAUCUUUCUACAAUACCAUACAUGGAAGCAAGUAAUAUAUGGAGCACUAUUUGGUAUUAUUAUAGGGACUAUUUGGUUUACCAUAAUUAAUGUGGUAUUGACACCCUAUUUUCCAACAGUUAUAUCUUGGAAAAUAUCAGAACUGUUUUUGUUGAGAGACACUACGUUAAUUCCCAAUGUCUUAUGGUUUGAAUACACAAAUAUUCGUCAUGAAGCAGGAGCUAGAGCCAGACGUCGAAAAUCGAUCUCAGCAAAAUCUCAAUGA